AUUGCUGCCGACGACAAUACGUAUACGUAAAAAAGUUGCCGUCGACUUUUCUUUCGUGAAAAUUUUUAUUGAUUUUCUUUUCCAUCAUAAAAUACUAAACUUCUAUUAAAAAUUUUAAAAUUCCUUUGCAUAAAUAAAAUUAAUGAAUAUAAUCAAGUUCAUUUUAAAUAAUUGUUGAAAAGACAGCCAUAAACUGCAUUCCAAUUUUAACAAAUUCAUGGAAAUGGAUCGAAGGUCCAGGAGUAUUGAAUCACCCCGUAGACACAGAAGCCGCAGGGAUCAUAGGCGUUAUAGUCGAUCUCGUUCGAGGUCAAGAAACCGUAGCAGAGAACAUGAGCGCAGACGUAGAACUAGAUCACCACCCCCAUUGCCACGUUCUCGCAGUCGGGAGCGUUAUUGCCGCCGGAGUCCCGAACAUGAUCUUUAUCGUGAGCUAAUAUACGAUGACUAUCAUCAUCAGGACGAACGAAUGAUGCAUCAUGUGGGAGGCAUGGGCCGCAUUGAACGCAUCGACGAAAACGAUGCACGCUAUAUGGAAGAGCGCUUCGAAGAGGAACGCUAUGAGGACCUUCGGGAAAAAGAGUUCCGUCAACAUCGUAAUGGGGCCGGUGGCGGAGGUGGUGGUGCUGAUUUUAUGGAUGAAAUGGAUAGACAUUUUGAAGAAAGACACAAGUCCCGAGAAUAUGAACGGGAUCGGGAGAGAAAUGACAGAGAAAGAAGGGACCAUAGACAUCGGCAUCCAAAGCGCUAUCAUUCAUCCGAAAGGGAUGAUAAUAGCGAUGGCUAUGAUGGCGUGGGAAUGUGUCACGACUCCCCUAACAAUACUGUCAUAGUACGAGGACUUCCACAGCAUAUAACUGAAGCAGAUAUAACCAGCGAUUUAAUGCAGUGUGGAGUGUAUGCGACAUCUAUUCGUCUAAUUCGCAAAAGAAAAACAGGUGCAUCUCGAGGUUUUGCUUUCGUCGAGUUUAGAACCGUUGAAGAAGCCGUACGCUGGAUGGAUUUGAAGCAGGGUGUAUUGAUUUUGCAAGAUCACCAUCGGGCCGUUUUAUAUUACAGCUACUUAAAAGAGCCGCUUAUAUCUGAUUGGUAUUGUGCAAAGUGUGGCGUUUUCAAUUUCAAAAGACGUGACAAAUGCUUCAAAUGCCGCGCAUCCCGUGAAGAAAGCGAAAAAGGUGGCGAGGGAAGCGAUGAAGUUAGCAACAUCCUAACUAAAAAAAUAAUGCUACGCAAUUUGGAUGUUCUGACCAAUGAGGAGGGUGUUCUGACAAAAAUGCAAGAAGUUGUUCCCAAUCUGGUGUCGAAAAUCUCAAAAAUACUUGUUUGCCGUGAUCCCCUAACCCAGACGUCACGUGGAAUUUGUUAUCUUAACUUUGAUAAUCUGGUCGAUUCAAUGAACACCCAUAAUGCACUCAAUGGAUUGGAACCACCUUUACAAAUAGACAACCGAGAGGUUUUAAUAUCAUAUUGUGUGGAUUCGGAAAAUCGUCAAAUAACCCGCGUUUCUGAGAGUACCGUCAAUGUAACUCCAGAUCCUAUGGUGACUGUUGCCACUGUCAAUCCCAACACGUAUCAGUACACAAUUGCCGAUGUACCGCGAUUAGCUGAGUACAGUGCCUCGGUGUAUGCCUCGACUCCAGCUGAACACGAACACUACCUAAAAUACUACAAACAGUAUUACAUGACUCAAAUAUCUAAAGGUCAAUUUGGGAAUCUACCGUCGGUCAAUCAGUUGGGAGAGUCCGCCAAUUCAGGUGCAGCUGUAGCACUCUCAGCCAUACAGAGGAAACAGAAUAAGAUGAAGAACAUUGAGACGACCGCAACACAAGCUGCUGCAGCAGCGGCAGCAGCAGCCGCUGCAACGAAAGCUGCAAUCGCAGCAGCUACUGUUGUUCCACCAAAAGGCAACGAUGAUAAACAAUAUCCUACACCUGACGUAUCCUUGUAUCAGUACGACGAAACAUCAGGAUAUUAUUAUGAUCCCUCGACCGGUCUUUAUUAUGAUGCGCAUUCACAGUACUACUAUAACAAUGAAACCGGGUCAUACCUCUAUUGGGAUCAGCGAAAGAGCACUUAUGUGUUGGCAACAGCAGCUGCUGCACAAGCAGCCGUUCAAACUGCAUUAGAAGACACAAUUCCAGCUGCGCCCAAGCCGCCGGAGUUUGAUGAGCCCAAAAAGGAGAGUAAACGGGAUAAGCCCGACAAAGUCAAAGUGGCAAAGAAAAUUGUCAAAGACAUGGAAAAAUGGGCCAAACAACUGAACCAGAAAAAAGACUUGGUUUAUGUGGCAGCCCCACAGCCAACUGUACCUCACAAAUUGGAUGAACCAAUAGUUAAACCACUUGGAAGUGGUUAUGCAGAUGUUGGUUUCUCCAUAUUGGAGAAGAAGGAUCGUCCAAAAAUAGCAGAAUAUGCAAGUCCAAGUAUAAGCAAAUUGGUGCCUUCAUAUGCGUCUGAUUCGGAUGACCAUGAAGAUAAUGUGCAGCAACACCAUCAACAACAGCCCCAACAGCAGCAGCAGCCACAACAACAUCAACAACAAUCCCACAUGGAAAGUGAAAAGGAUUAUGUUGAUUUCCAGAAGCUAACUUGUUUGCUGUGCAAAAGAGCUUUCCAGUCUUUGGAUAUUCUAACCAAGCAUUUAAAAAUGUCAAAUUUACAUAAGGAAAAUCUGCAGAAGUACAACAUGUCAAAGGGCAUUACGGAUUCCGAUGAACAGAAUGCAUUAUCGUACCGAGAUCGAGCUAAAGAAAGACGUUUGAAAUACGGUGAAAGUGACCCACCUCCGCCAAACCGGAGUAAAGAGCGUUUCGAGAACGAACUGAAACACAUGACCAAAUCGAGUAAGCCCCGACAGCAACAAACACCUGCCCUGCCUAUUGGUGAGAAUAAUGUGGGCAAUCGCCUUCUACAAAAAAUGGGAUGGUCUGAAGGCCAAGGUCUUGGUCGUAAAAAUCAAGGACGAACAAAUAUUAUUGAGGCUGAUGCACGUCCUGCAACGGCUGGAUUAGGAACAAAAUCUGCAGCAUUUGCACCUGGGGAUGAUUAUAAGUCAUAUAUAAAACGAAUGAUGAAAUCAAGAUAUGAUCAAGCAGAAAUUAAGUAAAUUUAGUUAAUAGACGAUUUAUCAUUUACUUUUUAAAGACCCCGUGUUGUUAAGAUGAUUCAGUUUUCCAAACAUUAUAUUUAUUAAUAUAAUACAAAAAAAAAUCAUGUGAAUACGUUAAAUUUAGUUUCUAGAUUAACAAUUUCUUUUUUAAAUAAAACAAUUUUUGAAUA